AUAGCCGCUUGAAAGUCCAGCUCCCUGACCGCGGCUGCUCGGCCUCCAACCUGCGGGCAAAGAAAGCUUCAUUGAGCCGGGAGGGUCAGGGGAAGGGGGGAGGUGGCGCUGCCGCGGCCAGCUCCACGGGGGAGGGGAGGACCUAGAGGAGAGGAGGGAAUUGGCCAGGGAGGAAUGGAGGGAGAAAGCGGAAUGUGGGAGGGCUCAAGGGGACGUGGGAGGGACGAACUGAGAGGGGGGGAAGAGAGGGGGGUCCGGUCUCCCCUGGCCGAGCACUUUUUUUGGGAAGUCCUAGGACUAAUCUCGAGAAUCAGGACUCUUCUGCAGCCCCUAGGGCCCUGCCCCGCCAAAGGCCUUCCCUGCCAUGAGACUUGUCAGUAUCUGGCAGUGGAGCCCAUGGGGGCUGCUGCUGUGGCAGCUGUGCAGCUGGUGCUUGGGGUCUCCGUCUCCCUCCACGGCCCCCGACAAGAAGACAGGAAGCCAAGGGCUGCGGUUCCGGCUGGCUGGCUUCCCUAGGAAGCCCUACGAGGGUCGAGUGGAAAUACAGCGAGCUGGUGAAUGGGGCACCAUCUGUGAUGACGACUUCACGCUGCAGGCUGCCCACGUCCUCUGUCGGGAGCUGGGCUACACAGAGGCCACAGGUUGGACCCACAGUGCCAAAUAUGGCGCUGGAACAGGCCGCAUCUGGCUGGACAACCUGAGCUGCCGUGGGACUGAGCAGAGUGUGACUGAAUGUGCCUCCCGGGGCUGGGGGAAUAGCGACUGCACCCAUGAUGAGGACGCCGGAGUCAUCUGCAAGGACCAGCGCCUCCCAGGCUUCUCGGACUCCAAUGUCAUUGAGGUGGAGCAUCAUCUGCAAGUGGAGGAGGUGCGACUUAGACCAGCCGUCGGGUGGGGCAGGCGACCCUUACCUGUGACUGAGGGUUUGGUUGAAGUCAGGCUUCCUGGUGGCUGGUCCAAAGUUUGUGACAAAGGCUGGAGCGCCCACAACAGCCACGUGGUCUGCGGGAUGCUGGGCUUCCCUGGUGAGAAGAGGGUCAACACGGCCUUCUACAGGUUGCUGGCCCAGCGGCAGCAACACUCCUUUGGUCUGCAUGGAGUGGCAUGUGUGGGCACAGAGGCCCACCUCUCUCUCUGUUCCCUGGAGUUCUAUCGUGCCAACGACACCACCAGGUGUGCUGGUGGGGGCCCUGUGGUGGUGAGCUGUGUGGCCGGCCCUCUCUACUCGGUGUCCAGCGGCCAGAAGAAGCAACAGCAGCCCAAGCCUCAGGAGGAGGCCCGAGUGCGCCUGAAGGGCGGCGCCCAUCCUGGAGAGGGCCGGGUGGAAGUCCUGAAGGCUGGCACGUGGGGCACAGUCUGUGACCGCAAGUGGGACGUGCAGGCAGCGAGUGUGGUGUGUCGAGAGCUGGGCUUCGGCAGUGCUCGAGAGGCUUUGACCGGCGCCCGCAUGGGGCAGGGCAUGGGUGCCAUCCACUUGAGUGAAGUUCGAUGUUCUGGCCAGGAGUCCUCCCUCUGGAAGUGCUCCUCCAAGAACAUCACUGCUGAAGACUGUUCUCACAGCCAGGAUGCUGGGGUCCGAUGCAACCUGCCCUACACUGGGGUGGAGACCAAGAUUCGACUCAGUGGGGGUCGCAGCCGACACGAGGGGCGAGUUGAGGUGCAAAUAGGGGGACCUGGGCACCUCCGCUGGGGUCUCAUCUGUGGAGAUGACUGGGGAACGCUGGAGGCGAUGGUGGCCUGUAGGCAGCUCGGUCUGGGCUAUGCCAACCACGGCCUGCAGGAGACAUGGUACUGGGACUCAGGGAAUACAACCGAGGUGGUGAUGAGCGGAGUGCGCUGCACAGGGAUGGAGCUAUCCCUGGACCAAUGUGCCCACCAUGGCACUCACGUCACCUGCAAGAGGACCGACACCCGCUUCACCGCUGGAGUCAUCUGUUCUGAGACGGCCUCUGAUCUGCUGCUGCACUCAGCGCUGGUGCAAGAGACCGCCUACAUCGAGGACAGGCCCCUGCACAUGCUAUACUGUGCUGCGGAAGAGAACUGCCUGGCCAGCUCUGCCCGCCUGGCCAACUGGCCUUACGGCCACCGCCGUCUGCUCCGAUUCUCUUCCCAGAUCCACAAUCUGGGACGAGCUGACUUCAGGCCCAAGGCUGGGCGCCACUCCUGGGUGUGGCAUGAGUGCCAUGGGCACUACCACAGCAUGGACAUCUUCACUCACUACGAUAUUCUGACCCCCAAUGGCACCAAGGUGGCGGAGGGGCACAAAGCGAGUUUCUGUCUCGAAGACACUGAAUGUCAGGAGGAUGUCUCCAAGAGGUACGAGUGUGCCAACUUCGGAGAGCAAGGCAUCACUGUGGGUUGCUGGGAUCUCUACAGGCAUGACAUCGACUGCCAGUGGAUUGACAUCACAGACGUGAAGCCAGGAAACUACAUUCUCCAGGUGAUCAUCAACCCCAAUUUUGAAGUAGCGGAAAGUGACUUCACUAACAAUGCAAUGAAAUGUAACUGCAAAUAUGACGGACAUCGCAUCUGGGUGCACAACUGCCACAUCGGUGACGCCUUCAGUGAAGAGGCCAACAGGAGGUUCGAGCGCUACCCCGGCCAGACCAGCAACCAGGUUGUCUAAAGUGUCACCACCCUCCUCUUCAAACCACCACUGGCCCCAGUGGCAGGGGUCUGAGGCUGCCAUUACCUCAGGAGCUUACCGUGGAACCCUUGAUGGUAGCAGGCCCGCCGUAUCCAUCCACCAUGGACUGUGGAUGUGGAAAUGACGGCGUCAUGGCCCUUCUUCCUCGACUGGCUGUCAGUAUCUGUGCCAGCAUGGAGAAUCUCUGUUCUGGGCCCAGCACGGAGCACAGCAAGCAGCAACUGACUAAAUUCCCAGAACACCAGAUGGCAGCAGCUCAUUGUCUUGAAUAUGAGGUCAGGACGGUCAGCUCCCAACAUCUCCCCUCGGUUCAGGGGAGAUACAGCUUUACCUCUAGUGUUUUGGUGGGGGAAAAGAUCCGGCCCCCUCCCCCCCAUGUCUGACUAUAAGAUGUUGCUAGGUAUAAUUUUAUUUUAUAUAAAAAGUGUUUUUGAGAUUG